UGUAAUUCUACUCUUUUCCCAUCCCUCACAUUCAGCUUAAAAUUAUAAAAUCUUUCCUAUAAUCGAGUUUCGAUAGUAAGCCUUCCUCAAACAAAGAAGCCUUGGCCUUCAAAGAAAGUUGUAGAAGAUAUUGAAAAAUCUAAGUUCCGAACCGAUGAAGGAGAAGUCAGCCUAUAUGAUCCCAAGCUUUCUCUCAAGAGGCUUGGUGAUAAGUACACAAACCACAAGAGCAUUAUUCUAGGAAACCUUCCUAAUGAAGAGGUCUAAUAAGGCUAGUAUGCCUCGGAUUUCCAAAAAGAACCUAGAAAUGAAAGAUAUGCAAAGCCAAUUUGCCACACCACGGUAUAAUUUCUUACAAAAUGGAGAUCCCAUGAGCGGCCAGCUAACCCCGAGAGGAUCUGUGUCAGCUAAUAAAGACAAAAGUCCUGAACAAAAGCAGUUUAUGAAGCAUGUCAGGUCUACUAUUUUCAAUAAAUUUGAUAUUGAGUAUACUAACAAUUUGAGGAAAUUUGAUGCAAGGAGUAAAGAAAAUUUAGUUCUUAGUAAAAGUAAGAGCACUAAGAACACUCAGGAACUUCCAAAGAUCAUCAAGAGUAAUGACCCUCCAACUGGGCUCACGAAGAUUAUUGAAGAGAAAUAAAAUCGCAAUGGCAGUAACUUCUAAGAGAAAUAAGCAUAAUAAACAUGCAUCUCUUCCAAAAGUCAGAGAACCUGUGAAAAAGCUUCUCACCAAUAUGAAGAAGAUUAAUCGAGGCAAAAUGCUAUCAGUUCAGCCAGAAAUUUCUGCGAUCUCUAAGGUGAACAUCAGUAUUCCAAAAUUGAAAAGAGGAAAGUCCAAGUUAAAACUGGCUCCAUUGAAACAAAAUAUGCCGAAGACCCAUAGGAACUCUCAAUUCAAAAGUGUCACCAUCCGAGGCAUAAAUGAGACUUACAAAAAGAUAAAUAUUAUAAACACCAAAUAAGUUAGCCAAGGAUAUCAACACCAGUAUGAAGAAUCAAAGGAAAAUUAACAAAUUUUUACCAGUUGAAGACUCUGAUGAAAAUUCUCAGAGCGACCAUAAUUUACUAAAUACUCCUAUUUGAGACCCGAAUACAAGUAGAAUUUCCAGCAUUGCACAGAAUUUUGUGCCAAAAUUCAACUCAAAGAUAUACAAUCAAGACAGUCAUAGCUCUUUUGACUCUGAGAAUUUGCUUAAAGAAAUAAAAGAUGAAGAUUUCCAUGAUAUUUCCCAAAAAGAUAUCCAUAACUCAGAUGAGGACGGGAUUGUUCAAGAAAUGAUAUCUGAUGUCAGAGAUUAUGACAAGUUCAGACUAAUUGAGAAGGUGGCAUUUUCGUCAAGAUACAGUAUCAUAGAAAAUCCAGCCUUACUGGAUAAGAAAUUCCCUCUUGACGAAUCCAUCAAUAAGUCAAUAGAUACCCAAAAAGCUUUCGUUAAAUUUCAAACUUCCUACAUUGAGAAAUGCAAGGAAAUGAAGGUUCUACCGCUUCCAUUACUGAAGAAAAUCAAAUUCGAUGCUAUUGUGUUAGAUAACUAUCAAGUGACUGGACAAAUAUCAAAAGCUUUAGGAGAUACCAUUCAUUAUCUCGGAACCUACAUCAAAAGCAUCAACCUGACGAACAACAAUAUGGAUGAUAAGGCUACUUCUUGUAUCAUCAAUGGGAUGAUCUACAACCCGAUUGAAACUCUUAUAAUCCAAAAAUAACAUAGUUGGAGAGCUAUCUAUCAAAGCUCUGGCGAGAUUAAUUGAGAUCAAUGAUUCUAAUUGCACAUUUAAUGGUAAAGAAGCUAAAGCUAGGAUCAAACACUUGGAACUGAACAAGUGUAUCUACAACUCACCAUUGAUAAAAGACUUAAUGAAGGAACUUAGUAAGAAUAGAGAAAUAGAACAUCUGAGACUAUCUUCAGUAGACUUUAGCACUGAUGCUAUUAAUAAUUUGGCAAUUCUUGUCUUGAGUAAUUUUAAGUUACAGAAAUUGAACCUAUCAUGGUCUGAGAUAUCCAGCGAUGAAUUGCUGCUAUUUCUAACGCAGAUUCAGAAUGUGAAACAUCUCCAACAUCUUGAUAUUUCUGCUAUUCCUUUUGAAGGACCUCUAAAUGAGAAAUUAGUUGAGUUACUGACUCAGCAUAUUACCAACAAUCCUUCGUUAAUACAUUUAAAUAUUAGCAGUUGUAAUCUGGAAGUUAACCAAGUAAAGACUCUCUAUGAUGGGAUCAAGAAAUCAAAGUCACUCUUGUCAGUACACCUGAGCUGUAAUAUAAAACAUAAAGAUUUGAAGCUUCUCAAGAACCAAAAUUCUGCAAAAUUUGGGAAGCUUAGAUUCUCUAGUGGAAUUAUUAGCUCUAAUAAUAUAUCUACAAUUAACAGAAGUAUGAAAUCUUUGAGUUCUAAGAAAUUAAAUUCAACUCAGAGUAAAGUGAGCAAGCAUAAAUAAACAAACAAUGGCUCUCGAACUUUUCAAACAGAACCAGCAAAAAUAAGCUUGGAUUCAUUCAAGACAAAAAGACCAAAUUUGAAACUGUCGACGAAAGAAUAGUUCUGUACAGAUUCCUUGGCCAUCUAGAAAUGCUUGAUGGACAUGUAUGGAAGUUUAGCACAAGCUGUUGGAUUUGAGACAAGUGGAAGUACACUUGUAUUAUUGCCAAUCCUUUAACAGCACAUUCCAACUUCACUCAGCCAGAGGAGUUUAAUUGUGAUGAUUUUCAUCAAAAGAUCACUUGAGGUAACACUCCAGAAGAGCUUGAAAAGACUUACUCAGACAUUGUUCCAACAAUCACAGGAACAUUCUCAAAAUGGAAGUGACACAAGAUGAUCAGAAUCAAUGAAUUUUAUGACUGAUUACUCAGAAACCGAUUACCAAACGAGAGAAUUUACGUAAAAGAAGAGGAAGAUGACUUAACCACUAAGAUAUCAAAGAUAUUAAACAAUGAAAUUUACACAAUGUAUCGAAACCAGAAGUGCUUCGUAUCUCAGCAAAGACCAACAAUUAUUUAAAACAUUGUUGAAGCAGAACUUUAAGUUUAGAAGGAGAGGGCCAAGGAGAUAUAUCAAGAAGUUUACCCUUCGAAAUGAUGAUAAUGAGAGAAUGAGCAAGAAGCCCUCUCUUCGUAGUGUUGUGCCGAAGACCUACACAACGGAGAAGAUAUUGAAAUGUAUUAAUAAGACCAGGAUUUUUAAUAUCAUAUUCACCUCAGGAGAUCGGAAUAAGACUAUUCUUUAUCGGUCAGAGAAGUACGGAGCUAUUUUUAGUAGAGAGGUCUUCAAGUUGAUGCAGAAAGAUCAUCCUCAUCUUAUGAUUUCACCAGAGGAAUUAUGAGAAAAUCACAAACAACUGAAGAGAGAAUUCCCUGAUCUUACUAAUGAAGAACUCAGCCAGUACUAUGCCUAUGCUACAUUUAUGCCACCUGGUGACACCAAGAUGAUAGUGUGCUUUGAUGAUAUUCAAAGCAAAGAUUCUUACAACCUGAUACAAGGGAUAAUUCCUAUUCGUAACGAGGAGAUUAUAAUUCACAAGAAGAGAAUUAAGAAAAGACUGAUUGUAAGACAGUUCGAAAAGCAUCUCUCUGUGUUUAAAGAUUGGAAACCUGAUACAGAGGCCUCUCUUAAAGCUUCUCUUGACUUUGAUUUUAAGCAUUCAAAGUUAAAGCGGUUUAUUAAAGACGAGGCAGAUUAUGAAGAAGUUUACUCUCUUUUUAAAGAUGAUAUUGUGAAGAUAAAAGAGAUAUUUGAAUAUUGUAUCGGAAUCUCUUCAUAUCCAUACAUUUCAUGGCUAGAGUUCUGCAAUUUAACCAAGGAGUGGAAUAUUCCUGACAAAGGGACUUGACCAAUGAAAGAAAUCGACACAAUUUUCAUCACCACUAAUUUUGAAGAAGUUGAUAUGGAAGAUAACCCUGAUAAGCUUCUGUGUAGAUAUGAAUUUUACGAAAUUCUUGUGAGAAUUGCUAACCAAAAAUACAUAAAGUCCAAAGCGCUAAGUUCCUUACCCAUGGCUGUAGCGAGACUUUUGACUGAAAACAUCUUUGAAAACUCAGAGCAUGUUCUGAGUGGCCAACUGUGGAGAGAAGACUAUCUCUGGACUAUAAACAUAGACGAUCUUUAUAAAGCCAAUCUGAGUUCUCUCAAGUCUAUUUUUGUGAUGUUUAGAAAAAAGAGAACAAAUUAUUGGAGUCUGAAAGACUCUCUGUAUGUUUGAAGAAAUGAACUGGACAUCAAUAUUGAAGCUAAGGAAGUCCAGCUUGCCUUUUCAUUAGCAAAAAUGACAGUUGUUGAUGAAAUGGAGGAGAGCGAGAAGCUAGAUCGUCUGGAAUUUGUAGAAUACCUUGAAUUUAUCGCUCGCUUGGGCCAGAUAGUGUUCAUCAAAAAUAGCACAAUGGGAUUAUAUGACAAAAUUGUUUAUAUAAUGCAGAAGUUCCUUGCCAUAAUCCCUACUGAGGUCAUUCACCCCAGUGCAGAGUACGAAAUUGAGACUGAAUCUGAUGAAGAAGAGUACCAAUAAAUAUUUUAUAAACUUUCAGUG